CGCUUCCACAACUUCCCAUUUCCCCACCUCUCUCAGCACUAACAUCAUGUCUCUUCCCCCCAACAUCCUGAUUGUCGGAGGAGGGGUCUUCGGCCUAUCUACGGCCCUGGCCCUCUCGCACCGUCAUCCCAACUCCCAAAUUACCCUCCUGGAAGCCUCCCCCACAAUUCCCAACCCCCACGGAUCCUCCGUCGACACCUCCCGUAUCAUCCGCGCCGACUACUCCCAACCUCACUACGCUCAACUCGCCGCUGAUGCCCUCGAACUCUGGCGCAACACCGACUGGGGCAAAGAAGGCCGAUACACCCAGAACGGUCUCCUCCUCGUCUAUCCUCCCGGUAGCACCAACGCCCGCGACUACGCAACUAAGAGCUAUCACAACGUCAAGCAAAUUCCCGGCCAAGAUGUCGAGCUUCUCCCCACCAAAUCCGACGUCACGCGGGUUGCCCCAGCCUACGGAGUCGAUCUCAAAGUCGCAGGCGGCUACGUAAAUUGGGGCUCAGGCUGGGCCGACGCCGAGGCCGGCGUCCGAUACGCCAAGCAGCGUCUCGACCAGGAAGGCAAAGUCAUCUUCAAGACCGGCGAGGUCAGCAGUCUCCAGUACAGCAACGACCGAGUCACAGGCGUAAACCUCGCCAAUGGAUCCUCCCUCACAGCCGACCUGGUCAUCCUCGCAACAGGAGCCUGGACCGCAAAGCUUGUCGAUCUGCGAGGUCGCACGGUCCAAACGGGCCAGGCAUUAGCGUACAUGCGCAUCUCAGACGAGGAACAGAAGCAACUAGAACAUAUGCCGACGAUUCUCAACUUCGCAACAGGGAUGUUCAUCAUCCCGCCGCGCAACAACCUGCUGAAGGUUGCGCGACACGCCUACGGCUACGUCAACCCAGUCCAGGUUGCCGUGCCCGGCACCAAGGACGAGAAGAUGGAAAUCAGUCUGCCCGAGAACGGGGUGCCCAUUCCCGCGGAAGGCGAGCUAGCGUUCCGGGAUGCAUUGAAGGAGUUGAUCCCCAGCUUUGCGGACAGACCAUUCGUCCAGACUCGAGUCUGCUGGUAUACCGAUACCCCCAAGGGCGACUUCAUCAUAACCUACCACCCCAACCACCCCGGCCUCUUCCUCGCCACGGGCGGCAGCGGCCACGGCUACAAAUUCCUCCCCGUCCUCGGCGAAAAGAUCGUAGACGCCCUAGAACGCAAACUCGACCCCGAAUUACAGAACCUAUGGGCCUGGCCUGCGGCCGUUCCGGAGAGUGAGUUUGACGGAACCGAAGAUGGAAGUCGCUCGGGCCCGAAGGGCCUGCGGUUGCUGGACGAGUUGGCGAAGACGAAGAAGGCUCAGCGGAGGAGUGCUCUGUGAUUGGGUUGGCUGGCUGGCUGGCUGGCCGGAUGUAAUCAUACUAUAUAUAUAUUAUAGUAGUACGUAGAUUGCUACCAGUACCCAUAACGGAAACUACCAGAUGUAAUAUCACUAUUCUAGUAU